GACAGGAGACUGCACGUGCCAACGUGGGCUUUCCUCACUUUGGCCGCGCUCUCAAAGGUUUGGAGCUCAGCUCCUCUUUGCCAGGCCGCCUUUGGAGUGGCGCCCCUGCCUGGCAAGCUGCGUAGACACGUCCCGAGACGGUACAGGGAAGGGGACGAGAGCUGGAGCUUGCGGGGUCCCGUGUCCAAACUCCUGGGUGUCGCAGAAGACGAUUUCUUGGAGCAGAACUUUGGUGUUCAUUGGCUCCAUGCCAAAGAUUCCGCGCUACAUUUGCCGUUUACCGUGGAAGAUUGUCUCAGUCUGGUGUCGGAUUUCGAUGCGGAACUCCACGCAGAGGCGUGCUCGAAGCGAAAACUUUCAUAUGGGGAGCACCGAGCUGUGCUCGACGAUGUCAGCAAGCGAGUGGCCUUUGGAGCGAGAGCGACACAAAUUUGGAGCGGAAGCUCAGUCAACUUCUGGUCAGUGGCGAUCUGCCGGACAUUAGCUGGCUCGCUUGAGAGGCUAGAAGAUCACAAGUACGUGGCGCAGAUUCUGCGAGAGCAGCCUCUACGGUGUUCCGACGAUCUCGCGAGGCACGGCAGGAACUGGACCUUCAUCUUUAACAAGGCGCAUGCUGCAAAGGCGGAGUUGCACUCUCUCCAUCAUGCCUUGUGGGCGUGCUUUGGCGUCUCAGGCGACUUCAACGUGUACUUGACUCCACCCAGUUCACAAGGUCUGGCACCACAUGCCGAUCGACAUGACGUCUUCGUGGCGCAGCAAGAAGGAGAGAAGACAUGGACCCUCCUAGAACCCGACAAAGUGAGGGUGCUGGAGAACGUCACGCUGCUGCCGGGAGACGUUCUGUACUUGCCCCAAGGCGUUCCUCACUAUGCGCGCAGCGCUGGUGAGGGAUCCUCCCUGCACGUCACGAUGAGCGUCUACAGGGGCCACUUUACCUUUGCAGGCCUUUUGGCUGCCUGGCUCGAGGUGCAGGCCUCCGCCCAUUCCGAGCUCUUCGACCUUUCCCUGGCCAAUCGCAUCGACGCGACGCAGACCCGGCUGACGGAUCAGGGCCUUGAGGAAGCCAAUCGGCCUUUGCCGCCUUCUUUCUGGCCACUGCUCCGGGCUUUGGAUUCCAAGGACUUCCCGAAAGGAGCUGCAGAGGCUGCCGUAGCCGAAGCACAGCUCCUGGCAGCGCAGCUGGCUGGGCGGCUGCGAGGGAAGAGCGAGGCUGAUGAUGCGUCGAUCGUUGGAAGAUUGGAGGCCCUUGGAGAAGGAGUGGACGAGCAGCGGCUCCGCUCCUUCCUUGAGGGGCUCUUUGCCACUCGCGAGCUCCGGUGGAUCAAGCACUACAGGCUUUACGGGCCAAAAACCCUGCGCGGGGUUGAGGUGGCGAAUCUGCCGGCCAAUGCCCUCCUGCGUCGUGCGCCGGAUGCGGCUGCGAUGAAAACCCGACGCGGAGAGCUACUUCUGAAUGGCUUCCUUAUCUCGGGACUCCCGCUGGAGACGGAGGCCGCUCUGCGCUUCUGUCUCGGUCGGUACACUGGCUCAGCUGGACAGCCUUUUCAGCUGAAGGAAAUGCCCGGCCCAGAAGACGUCGCCGAAUCGCUAGUUCGACUCCUCCUCCAGUUCGAUGGCUUGGAAUAUAUGGGAGUUCCAGAAAACUAG